AUGGAUAUCUUGGAGGUAGAUGCCCUAUACAGGAGGAAAGUCACCGCUCAUGCAAAGAGCCAGUUCCUUAAGCUGCUGCCUUUCUUGGCCUCCUCCAUUGGGUAUUUCAUUCUCUCGCCCCAAGAACCCAGCCUGCUGGGCGCUGUCGUCAAAUGCCUCCCGGUUCUUUCUCUGGCAUUCUACGUGGCUGGGGAAUCAAGAAGUGCAGGUGUAGGCGCCUGGACACCAUACGCCCAGCGGAUAUUUUCUGGCCUUCUGCUCUCGGUCGUGGGAGAUGCUUGUCUGGUGUGGCCACAACUUUUCAUUCCAGGAAUGCUCGCCUUCGCCGGAUGCCACAUCUCCUACAUCCUGGCCUUCGGCCUGCGUCCCUUUAACCCCUUGGUCUACCUCGUCGUGGCUGCUUUCAUGGUGUCAGAUUACACCCUCCUGCAGCUGCCCUGCCUGAAAGGCUUCUACGUGGUGGCUGUGGCGAUCUACUCGAGCCUGCUGGGCGUCAUGGCCUGGCGCGCGCUGUCUCGUCCGAACGGCCAGCUCAGCGCCUCAGUGGGCAGCGUCUUCUUCAUCGUCUCUGACACAUUUGUGGGCCUCGAUACGUUCUGCCACUCCGUGCGCCACCCGCACCUCAUCAGCAUGAGCACCUACUACAUCGCCCAGGGCUUGAUCGCGCGGUCCGUGGCCUCUGACAUCAGCUCCAAGAAGGAGAGCUGAGCGCUUGAGGACCCCAAAGAAUCCGUCCCCUCAGCAACUCCCCUCUCACGUUCAACGAGCUCCAUCUACACCCUCUGGCCUUCUUCAGAUUCCUUCCAUAGAACCAAGUUCUUCCUUCCAGAUCCUU